GGCGUGGGAUGGAGAGCCCGGACGCCUGGGUUCUCUUUUAGGGGGGCCCGGACGCCUGGGUCCCCCCAUCCUGGUUGGGGGAUGUGGGGGGGACACAACUACUUCCUAGCGGAGCACUGGAGUGGGAAGGAGCUGGGAGGAGGUUGGGGGUGCGUGCACCCCAUUUGCAGAAGCCUGAGCACCGCCGGAGCACCGCCAGCCCCUGCCACCGCCUGUGUCUCUCGCGGGACCCCACUGACACCCCCUGGAGGAGGGGACCCCCCCCCCAUCCCCCCAUGGAGGAGGACGCGGAGCUGGUGGAGCUGGAGACGGCACCAGAGGCCGGGGUGACAGGCGUCACCGUGGCCCGUGACCGCCACGGCCUCUACAUCGCCAAGGCGCCCAAAUCCCUGCGUGUCCACCAAGGUGACCAGCUCCUCAGCGCCAGGGUUUUCUUCGAGGGGGCCCCCCCUGAGGACGUCGCACGGGUUCUGGAGAGUGCCACGUCCUGCAAGGUCUCACUCUGCCUCCGACAUCGGACACCCAGCACCCGCAUCCCCCUUGGCAGCACCAGCACCGGCAGCGAGGGACAUCAGGGGAAGGUGGCCAGGCUGAGCAUCCCGAUCCUGACGCCCUCCAAGAAGCCGCCACAGGCACCCAGCACAGUGAGCACAGCAGCUGCCGGCACUGUGGCCGUGGAGUUUGCCCUUCCCAAGCUCCCCAAGCUGGUGAAGAGCCAGAGCACAACUGAACCAGCACCAACUGCCACAUCCACUGCAGCGCUGCCAGCAGCGGAGCCCAAGCAGCCACGUGCGACGCCAUCCCGGUUAACAGUGAAGGAAGCGGCAGCCCGCAAAACACCAGUGAUGGAGGAGCAACCGGUGAAACCAGAGUUUCCUGGCAUUGCCGCCGAGGUGCCAGCGGGUACUGGCACCCGGUUACCAGCUGUGGAGGUGGCAGCACCCAAAGUCUCCAUGGGGCUGAGCCUCGCCGGCACGGCACCACCGGCCACCCUUCAAGCCAAGGAGCCGGCAUUACGGCUGCCGCAGUUGGAGGUGGCUGUGCCAGCACUGAUGCUGCCGGCGGUGAUGCCGGAGCCCAUCACAACCAUAAUUCAACCCCAAAUCAAGCUGGGGGAGGGAGACACCCCCAGAAGCAGCCAUAAGGGUGGGGGGAGCCCAGUGCCGAAAACCAAGCUGCCGGAUUCCGGCAUGGCCCGAGUAGAGGAUAAGGAGGGGGAUGCCGGCACGCGAGGGGGGUUCACCGGCAUCCGUGUCCCCUCCAUUGGCAUCGCCAUCCCCAGCGCCGCCGUGGAGCUCGUCCCUGAGCUCAGCAUGCCCAAACUAGAGCCAGCCAUCUCUGUUGAGCAACCGCAGUUGGAGGUGAAGCUGCCAGCACGGCGGUCAGAGUCGCCGCCAGAGGCACCGGCUCGGUUGGCUUUCCCGGCAGCGGUGGUGCCAUCCAUUGAUAUCGCUGUGCCGCGUGUUGGUGUGGGUUUGGCAUUGCCAGCAGGUGCUGACACCACAGCGGUGCCGGAUGAGGGGGUUGCUGCGGUGAUACCGGACAUGGCAGCCAGGUUUGCCAAAGGGCUCCAAAAGCUCAGCCUGGAGCUGGAGCCCAAAGCACCACUGCCGGCGGUGGAAAUCGCCACCCCAGCACAGCUCGCCGGGGACAUGCCAGCAACCGGCGCCAAACCCAAACCCCCCAAAUUCACCCUGCCGCGGUUCGGAUUGUCCCUUGCCAAGCUCAAAAUGGGCAGCGAUGGCAACGGGUAUCCCCCGGCAUCCCGCGGCACAACUGUGCCAGCGCCGCCCAGCAUCGCCGUUGCCGGUCCCACGGUGGCCUUAGACCUGGCUUUGGGGACAGCUGGUGCCACCGGUGCCGGGGCCAAGCUGAAGGUCCCCAAAUUAUCCCUAGCACCUUUUGGUGUCAAGGAUGGGGACAAGGGUGCUGGCGGUGAGGAGGGUCCCCAGGAUGCCAGCGCAGUGAUGAAGUUGCCACAGUUGGGAAUCGGGGGGGACGACGGGAGGUCAGCGGAACUGGGGUCCCCUGGGACCCCCCGGCUUCGGGUACCACGGGUGGGCAUCGCCCUGCCAGCAACAGGCAGCCGGCGCGUGCCGUCAUUGCCUAAACUCCCUGCAGGGCCAGAGCUGGGUGGGGUGGUGAAGUUGCCUAAAUUUGGGGGAUCCAGCCCUGACAUCCGCAUUGGGGGGGACGCCAAAAUGAUGAGACGAGGAGGAAGUGCCGAGAGCUUGAGUAUUGGCACGGCAGGAAGGAAGAUGCCGGAGUCUCCCGGCACGAUCCUGUUGAAGCUGAAAACCAGGGGGGCGAUGGCUGAUGGGGGGGUGCAACCAUCGACUCCCCGAUUCUCCGUCCCCGCUGUGGGUUUUACCAUGCCAGUAAAACAACCAGAGGAGCCAGUAAGCCGGAAGAUACCAAAACCCACAAGCGUGCCGGCAUUGAAGGUGCCAAUGUUGGAGUUGGCACCGCCAGGGAUGGAUGGGGUGGAGGAGACCACCGGGAAGGAUGGAGCACCGGGACGCCAGUCUAGGGUCAAAUUGCCAAAAUUCAGUGCAGGUUUUGCUGGGAGCGGGUUGGAAGGGGAGGGGAGGAUGAGGAUGGGCAGUGUGAAGAAGGCAGUGUUGGUGUUGGUGAAGCCAAAGGAGAAAGGAGAAGACAACAGGGUUGUGGACCCCCACCCCCAUGUCAAUGGGGAAGCGGAGGGCAAGGCCCGGCGACGGCGGUGGAUGCCCAGGGUGGGUUUCUCCCCUGGGGGCUCCCCACCAGACCCCCCCAUCACCCAACCCAAGGUGGGGAAGAUGCGGUUACCCAACAUGGAGCGCUCCCCUGGGGACCCUGAAUUCAGCCAGCGGCCAGUGAUGACAGAAGUCACCCCAUGCUUCAAUUUGGGGGGUUUCAGGGGUGAGGGGACCCCUAAAUUUCAGCUACCUAAGCUGGCACUGACCCCCCAACCCUGUGGUGAGCAGUGAACCCCCCCGUCCCCGAGCAUGGGGGUCUUCAGGGAACCCCUGAAAAAGUGAUGGGGUGGUGGAGCAUCACUUGUUCCCCCAGACCCUCUUUAACCCCUUUACCCCCCAAAAAAAUUCCUAAUCCAGCUUUUUUGGGGAAUGUGUUUGAAGCUUUUUUUUUGCCCAUUUUCCAGGUGUUAAUAUUAACCAGGGGGUGGGGGGGAUGGGCA